CAAUCAUAAUCAAUAUCAUAUUUCCACUUUCAUUUUUUUGUAAACGCAAGCCCGGAUAUUCAUUGUCGGGAACGCAAGGUCCACGCAAAUUCCCACUUCGGUUCCUCCUCACUUCCCUUCCCUUCCGCGCUCAUCAAAUCGCGCAGCAUCACUUGUCUCAGAUUCUUCUCUUGGCUCAGCGCGCCACUCACAAGCUGCGUUGAGAAUCCAGGCUUCUUAGAUGAUCCUCUGUUAGCUAUCCAUCUGCCAUGGUGCAAACCCAAAUAAACCAGAUUGGAUUGAAAAGCUUCUGACACUCUUAAACUUCUCUGGCUGGGAGGAAUUAAUAGGGCAGGCUUACAACAUGUCUUAUGUGUCAGAGCCAAAAAUGAGUCUGGCAUGCCUUGUGUGCCAGAGUGUGGAAAGUCCAUCACCAUCACAGUCUUUCAGGAGUUACUCCGUCUCAAGUGCAGAAAAUGAGGGAAGAUGUUAUGCUAUUUCCAGCUGCUUAACAAAGAAAUCAUCAUUCCCAUCUCAUACAAUGAACACGUUUAUUGCACCAUCGUCAUCCUCUAAAGUUGCCCCACACCCUGGUGUUUUAAGUAACGAAGAGAUGCCAGGUACACCCCGACUUGUACGAAGUCGUGCAGUGAGGAGGGACCUUGUCAGAGACUGGAAUUUCGAUCAAGUUUUAUUAGAAGGCUAGACUGUUAAUAUUCGAUAGAAGAAACCUUAAAGGACUCUUCUUGUGGGAUAGAGUGAGUAGAGCAUGAUAUUUGCUUCGUUGCUUCUGAUUAUGUUAUGUCGCAGUUGAACUCUCUUGGAUUUGUAGCAUUUGUAACUUUAAAGAAAUUAAUGGAACAUUUUGUUCCUGUU